UGAUAAAAGCAAUAAGAGUGAUUAAGGUUUUUUGUUUUUUCUUAGAAAUCCUGGAGAAAUCAAACAAGAUCGUCAGUUUUAUUAGUAAAAACGCAAAGCUGAAGAAAUAUUAUGGCAAAAUUCGUUAAUUUAUUCACGAAUUUGUUCCCUAAAACAAAUUCAAAGUUGGAGUCUGAUGCAGCAAUCAUUCCGAGACAAGACGGAAAGAACAGCGAGAGCAGAAAGCUGGAAGCAAGCAAUUCCGAUUCACAAAUAAUUCAGAGUACAGAUGUUUCAAACUCGUCUGCAACCCAAAACGCUUUGCUUUCUAAUAGUGCACCAGGCGAGCAUUUAACAAUCGUAGACUCACCUUUAAAUUUAGAACAUCCAAAUGUUACAAAUAAUGUGCACAACAAUAUAUUGUCCGCCCCGCAAACAUCGAUUAACAGCACGACAGGAAUUCAUGUGUAUCAAAUUAAAAAUGCAAGUAAUGUUCACAUUGGCAAUAGCAUCACCAUUCAUUCGGCUAGUGCUAUGGAUAAUCAUACGAAAACUCUUGUAACAAAUGGUAACAAAAAAUGGUCAAACCUGAAAUUAUCAGAAACAAUUAGGCAAAUGAUGGAGUGUAAUGAUGAUCUAGAUACUGAGAUGAUGGACACCAUUUCCAGACAUUUAGGUUACGAAUGGAAAAGUUUCGCUAGAACUUUGAAUUAUUCUGCAGGGCAGAUUGAAUCAUUCGAGUGCGACCACAAAACACUUUCUGAGCAAAUUUUUCAUUUUGUGUUGGAUUGGUCUCGAAACGACGAUGAACCAUCGUUAGGCAAGAUGGGUAACCUAUUAUGGGAACAAAACCACAAAGAGACUGUCUAUUACAUGAAAAUACUAUGGAAAAAUCGGAAACAAAAUGCCGCGGUGUAAGCAUUUUGCAAACAAGUGCAUAAUGCAGUACGUUCUUACACCUAUAAGAUAACAUAUGCACCAUUCUAUAUUUUUGGAAGACGCGAGAUAAUGUAACUCGUGAUUUU